AACGACCACAAACCAAACACCCAUAAAACUCAGAUAAGGCUCCUCUCUUUUACUCUCUGAGCUUUCGUCAGCCAUGGCUGAAGCUUCAAGAGUUCUGCAGACAACUCUCCUCCCCACCUUCCAUCACCAACACAAAAUCCACACAUUCCAGUCUCCAUUGAAUUUCCGCAGACACCCAGUUCAGUGCUCGGUCUCCACGACCGACGGCGCCACCACGGUGGCGCAGAAGAUUCCGUGGGGCUGCGACAUUGACUCCUUGGAGAACGCUUCUGCUCUGCAGAAAUGGCUGACUGAUUCGGGGCUUCCGCCGCAGAAGAUGGCGAUACAGAAAGUGGAAGUUGGGGAGAGGGGACUGGUUGCUUUGAAGAAUAUAAGGAAGGGGGAGAAGCUGCUCUUUGUGCCUCCCUCUCUGUUUAUCACUGCUGACUCUGAAUGGACUCGCGGUGAGGCUGGUGACGUGUUGAAGAAAAACGGUGUACCUGAUUGGCCAUUUCUGGCAACCUAUCUGAUUAGUGAAGCAAGUUACCUUCAAUCUUCUCGAUGGAGCAACUAUAUCUCUGCCCUACCAAGACAGCCUUAUUCCCUUCUGUACUGGACUCGUGAAGAACUUGACCGGUAUUUGGAAGCAUCACAAAUCAGGCAGCGGGCGAUUGAAAGAGUUACUAAUGUUGUUGGAACAUACAACGAUUUAAGGAUGAGGAUAUUUUCCAAGUAUCCUGCUUUAUUUCCUGAAGAGGUGUUCAACAUUGAAACCUUCAAAUGGUCAUUUGGAAUUCUUUUCUCCCGCUUGGUUCGGUUACCCUCAUUGGGUGGAAAGGUUGCGUUGGUUCCUUGGGCAGAUAUGCUGAAUCAUAGUUGUAAGGUAGACGCAUUCUUGGAUUAUGAUAAAUCGUCACAGGGAGUUGUCUUUUCAACAGAUAUGGCAUAUGAGCCAGGUGAGCAGGUUUUCAUUUCCUACGGAAAGAAAUCUAACGGAGAGCUGUUGUUAUCUUAUGGGUUUGUUCCAAGGGAGGGCACCAACCCUAGAGAUUCUGUUGAGCUGCCACUGUUGCUUUCAAAAUCCGACAAAUGUUAUAAGGAGAAGUUGGAAGUUUUGAGAAAGUAUGGAUUGUCAGCAUCUCAGUGCUAUCCUAUACAAAUCACCGGUUGGCCAUUGGAGCUAAUGGCGUACGCUUAUUUAGCUGUGAGUCCUCCAAGUAUGAGGGGACAAUUUGACGAGAUGGCUGCUGCAGCGUCAAACAAAUCUACAGCGAAGAAGGAUUUACAAUACAGUGAAAUAGAGGAAGAAGCGUUACAGUUUAUACUGGACACCUGUGAAGCCAGCAUAUCAAAGUAUAACAAAUUCUUACAGGCAAGUGGAUCCAUGGAUUUGGACGUGACGUCUCCAAAGCAACUAAACCGAAGGUUGUUUCUGAAACAGCUAGCGGUAGACUUGAGUACUAGUGAGCGGAGAAUCCUAUUUCGUGCCCAAUAUAUACUGAGAAGGAGAUUGAGGGACAUAAGAAGCGGUGAACUGAAAGCUCUAACAAUCUUCAACGGAUUCCGAAAGUUUUCAAGUGAGAAGAGCUUCAAGCAAGCAUGAUGUGCUGCUGGGAUUUCUGAUGAGCCCUGCCCUUUUUGCUCAAGCUACAUCUAGUGGCAU